AGAAAAUCGAUAAAAUAACACCCCAUACAACAAAUACAAAAUCAGUGCUUCUAACAUUCCAAGCUCCACUUUAUUGUUCCAACUUUAAAGACGUUUGCUAGAACAUACCCGAAUAGCAGUGUGUUCUUUUGCACAAAUUUAGUACCAUUUUAGUAGACAGUUUGACAUGAUUGCUGUCGGUAUGAUCAGCAACAGUAGUAAACUCCAUUGGUUGCUUUUGUGCUGCUGUUUUUGCUUGUUGGCAUUUGGACAAGACAUAAAAAGAUCAGAUUUUCCGAAAGAUUUUCUGUUUGGAGUCAGUACAUCUGCCUACCAAAUUGAAGGAGCGUAUCGUGAAGAUGGUAAAAGUCUCAACAAUUGGGAUGUAUUUUCUCGUACUCCAGGCAGUAUUCGAAAUGGUGAUGAUGGAUACAUAGCUAAUGACCAUUACCAUCGAUAUCUGAAAGAUAUUGAGAUCAUACAGUCUCUUGGUGUAGAUGCUUAUCGCUUUUCUUUAUCAUGGGCAAGAAUUCUUCCAAGAGGAAGAUUUGGUGAAGUUAAUUCAUAUGGGAUUAUGUUUUAUAACAAAAUCUUGGAUGAACUCGAACUCCGAGGAAUUAAACCAUUUGUAACAAUUUACCAUCAUGAUUUUCCUCAAGAACUUCAAGAUCGAUAUGGGUCUUGGCUCAGCCCGUUGAUGCAGGAAGAUUAUGUUCAUUAUGCAGAAACAUGUUUCAAGAACUUUGGUGACCGAGUGAAGCAUUGGGUCACUAUCAAUGAGCCGAACUUGUUUACCCAAAUGGCCUACCAGAAUGGAAGAUACCCACCUGCUCGCUGUUCACAACCAUUUGGAAAUUGUGCAGCUGGAAAUUCUGAUACUGAGCCUAUAACUGUGAUGCACAACAUGUUAUUGGCACAUGGCAAAGCUGUAAAUGUAUACCGAAGAAAAUAUCAGCAUGAACAAGGUGGGUCAGUAGGGAUUGUUUUGGAUUGUUAUAUGUACGAGCCCCUAACUAAUAACGAUCUUGAUCAAGAAGCUGCAAACAGGGGUUUGGCUUUCUCAAUUGGAUGGGCAUUGGAUCCGCUUAUAUUUGGUGAUUAUCCCACAGAAAUGCGACAGUAUCUUGGAAACCAACUGCCAAGAUUUUCCAUUGCUGAAAGUACGUUUAUGAAAAACAGCGUUGACUUUAUUGGAGUUAACCAUUACUCAACUUUAUAUGCAAAAGAUUGCAUCUAUUCUAGUUGUAGUGAAACUGCGAAUCGCCCAAUUAGAGGUUUUGUAGAUGCAUUAUAUGAGCGUGAUGGUGUUCCAAUCGGUGACCCAACGGGCAUUCAAUCGCUGCCAGUAGUUCCCAGAGGGAUUGGAGAAGUGGUAGACUAUCUAAAGAAGAGAUAUGACAACAAACCCAUGUUUGUCACUGAAAAUGGGUAUUCUGAUCCGGCACAAGUACAAGCUCAAGACAUAUUUCAAGAUGUCAAACGAAUAGAGUUUCACAAAAUGUACCUCUCAUCUUUGGCCGGAGCAAUCAGGGACGGUGCCAACGUGAGGGGCUAUUUUGUGUGGACAUUGAUGGAUGAUUUCGAAUGGAUUAUUGGGUACAAUUGCAGAUUCGGAUUAUACUACAUUGAUCGUAAAACGCUUGAUCGGGUCCCCAAGUUGUCUGCAAGAUGGUAUCAAGAUUUCUUGAUAAACAAUACCCAACGAUCCUACCAUUCAGUCACAAUAUCAGAGUUAAUGUACAAGCAUGCAGACUCAUAAAAUAUUCUUUCGGGAUUCAGAUUAAAAUUUUGUUUUUGUUGUAAUGUUAACUUUUGUAAGUUUAUGAAAAAUAGAUGCACAAACUUAUAAGAUGUGCAAUUCUUAAUUCCUCUUUUGUUCUUUUUUGCUCAUGUAAUUCAACUACUCCAAAUCCAAUAAUGUGUUAUUGA